CACUCUGCGUACCUUAUGUUGCUUCUGCACCACUCUUUGCCAGCCAGAACAUCCCCCCUUGUGCGUUUCGGGGGUACCCCCAAGGACGUGGUUGUCAAAUUCGUGUUUUUGUUUUGAUUUUUGAGUUUUUUUUGUGAUUUUCCGUGCAAUACCCCAAUUUUUGGUGCUUUAAUUUGGUUGUGAUAGUUGUUAGUCGAUUGUAUACUUUAAGAAAAUAUGAACUUCUCGCCGUUUGGUGUCCCUCUGUCGGCGGCUUUACCGGUGGCCACGCAAUUUUCGGCGGGAAAGAUCACCCAGAGCGUCACCACGCCGAACGGUCAGGUCGUGGGGGUGCUGCAAGGAGGCGAGAAUGGGGUCCACUACAUCCGUCCUUUGGACGCCAACGCCUUUGCCACCGCCACCUCUCAACAGAACCAG